GGUCGCGGCCGGGGAGGUGGUGAGGCUAUUGGGACCGAUCUUCUGCUCCGCGGCGGCGGCGGCGACGGCACCAUGUACGGCUUCGUCAAUCACGCCCUGGAGCUGCUCGUCAUCCGCAACUACGGCCCCGCCGUCUGGGAGGACAUCAAGAAGGAGGCACAGCUGGAUGAAGAAGGACAGUUUCUGGUUAGAAUAAUUUAUGAUGAUUCCAAAACAUAUGAUCUGGUUGCAGCUGCAAGCAAGGUUCUUAAUCUGAAUGCUGGGGAAAUUCUUCAGAUGUUUGGGAAGAUGUUUUUUGUGUUUUGUCAAGAGUCCGGUUAUGAUACAAUUCUACGUGUCUUGGGAUCAAAUGUCAGAGAAUUUUUGCAGAAUCUGGAUGCUUUGCAUGACCACCUUGCUACUAUUUACCCGGGUAUGCGAGCCCCUUCCUUUAGAUGCACUGAUGCGGAGAAGGGGAAAGGACUCAUUCUACAUUACUAUUCAGAAAGAGAAGGGCUCCAGGAUAUUGUCAUUGGAAUCAUCAAAACAGUAGCUCAACAGAUCCACGGUACAGAAAUAGAUAUGAAGGUUAUUCAACAGAGAAAUGAGGAAUGUGACCACAUUCAGUUUUUAAUUGAAGAGAAAGAGUCUAAAGAAGAGGACUACUAUGAAGACCUUGACAGAUUUGAAGAAAAUGGUACCCAGGAGUCUCGUAUCAGUCCCUAUACUUUCUGCAAGGCCUUUCCUUUCCACAUAAUAUUUGACAGAGAUCUGGUGGUCACACAGUGUGGCAAUGCUAUAUACAGAGUCCUUCCACAGCUCCAGCCAGGAAACUGCAGUUUGUUGUCAGUUUUUUCUUUGGUCCGACCUCACAUUGAUAUUAGCUUCCAUGGGAUCCUCUCACAUAUCAAUACAGUCUUUGUACUGAGGACCAAGGAGGGGCUGUUGGAUGUGGAAAAGCUGGAGUGUGAAGAUGAACUGACUGGCACAGAAAUCAGCUGCUUACGUCUGAAAGGGCAAAUGAUCUACCUGCCUGAGGCAGACAGCAUUCUCUUUCUGUGUUCACCAAGUGUAAUGAACUUGGAUGAUUUAACCAGAAGAGGUUUAUAUCUGAGUGAUAUUCCACUGCAUGAUGCUACCCGUGAUCUGGUUCUUUUGGGAGAGCAGUUCAGAGAGGAAUAUAAACUGACUCAAGAGCUUGAGAUCCUGACUGACAGAUUGCAGCACACUCUGCGUGCACUGGAAGAUGAAAAGAAAAAGACUGACACAUUACUGUACUCUGUUCUACCACCAUCAGUAGCAAACGAGCUGAGACAUAAGCGUCCUGUUCCAGCUAAGCGGUAUGACAAUGUGACCAUUCUUUUCAGUGGCAUUGUUGGAUUCAAUGCCUUCUGUAGUAAACAUGCCUCUGGAGAGGGAGCUAUGAAGAUUGUUAAUCUCUUAAAUGAUCUUUACACAAGAUUUGAUAUUCUGACUGAUUCACGAAGGAAUCCAUUUGUUUAUAAGGUGGAAACAGUUGGGGACAAGUACAUGACAGUGAGUGGCCUCCCAGAGCCUUGCAUUCAUCAUGCACGAUCUAUCUGCCACCUGGCAUUGGAUAUGAUGGAAAUAGCGGGCCAAGUUCAAGUAGAUGGUGAGCCUGUACAGAUAACAAUAGGAAUCCAUACUGGUGAGGUAGUCACAGGUGUUAUAGGCCAAAGGAUGCCACGUUACUGCCUCUUUGGAAAUACUGUCAAUCUAACAAGCAGAACAGAAACUACUGGAGAAAAGGGAAAGAUCAAUGUCUCUGAAUAUACCUACAGGUGUCUUAUGACACCAGAAAAUUCAGAUCCCCAAUUCCACCUGGAGUACAGGGGUCCGGUUUCUAUGAAGGGCAAAAAAGAACCGAUGCAGGUUUGGUUUUUGUCCAGAAAGAAUACAGAGACAGAGGAAACAAAGCAAGAUGCUUUCUGAGCUGAGGGAAGAGGAAGAGGACACUGGAUAGGGCGCAGUGCUGUCUCCAAAUAGGGUGCCAGGCAGUAAGGUUGAAUUACGAAUGUUAUUUCACAUCAUAUCUCCCAUUGCCAUGUGAAGUACCAUUGUCUUUUUCCCUACUCCUGAAAUCAUACUCAGCAUUUUUCUCCAGGCUUGCUUGCUAUUUUUGUUUUCCUUAAUGUUUGGUACUGUUAUGUCUGCUAUAAGCAUGUACUUCAAGCUUUUUUUUUUUUGGUUAUGGUAUGCAUUUUUGCACGUCAGUCAUGUGGCCCUUCCUACCACCACAUAAUAUUAACUAAGAUUUUGGAUUAUGCACGUCAUAACUAACCACUUCAGUCUGAUGCUUCACUCCUUCAUCUUCAUCUCUGAAGUAUAGUGGUUAUGUGAAUCAGUGACAUGUAUGGAAAGACAGGCAUUUCAGUUGUUGGGAAGAGCAAUGAACCUAAAGGAUUAUUAAAAAACCCAUAAUACCUAAAGCAGCAUUAUGAAAAUUCUUGUAUAAAUGUUGUUUAUUGAUUUAGUUCUGUUGUUGCUGUACUUCCCGUUCAGAUUGUGAAUAACACGUGAUGCACUGUAAAUUCCUGGUUAGAAAAAGAUUCCUCUUUUGAUAUCAUCCUGCAUUUUCCCUUUGUAGAAAAUACAAUGUAAACAUUUUCUAUAUUGAAAGGGAGCAGUUGUUUGUCUGAUACUGCCAUUUGAAGCAUGUGCCAAUGUACUUCUGCUGAAAUGCUGUUCACUUGCAAUAUAUUUCUCAUUGGUUUGUAUUAACUAAAUUGUCAUACUAAUAAUAGAUUGCUGGACAAUUUUAGACAACGUGUAGUGCUUUGAUCCUUUUGUAUUGGAGCCUUCAGAACUGAAAAGCACGCUGCUGGGACUUGGUUGUCGUAAUUGCCUUUGGUUUGGUCUCCAAUUUUUCAGGAAUGGUCUUACUUUAAUUCCUUGGGAGGACCUGUUAAUAUUGGAGGCGUGAUGGAGGCAUGAUGGCAUAAUUAAGGGAUGGAAAGCUGGUAAAGGGACAUAGUGUCUUUUAUCGGCUGAUACAGUUAAAGUGAACAAGGUUUCAGAUGCAUAGACCUUUCAUAACUUCAGUAUACAGUACAUUUUUAUGUGAAUAAGAUCUGUUCUUAUCUGAAUAUUUGCAUUACUAAAUAGGAUAGUGCAAUUACUUUGUGUAUAAAAAUUGUCUAUAUCCAGUAUACCUUAUCAGCACAGAAUAUAUAUGUGUAAAUGUUUCAUGUUAAUGUGCAAAAGAAAUUGCAAUAAAUUAUUUUUUCCACUGACUUUCAGAAAUUUUUGGAUUUUCUUUUCAGUGAAAGCUGUUUCAUUGUUUGAUACAAAAUAAGUCUGUUUUCCUUUCCAUAAUUUGAAAUCUCAAGUUUCAAAAAUUUAUCAAGUCAUUGUUUCAGUGUCUGCAGAAGUCUCCCACAUUCAGGUUAAUGGAACACAUGCUCAGAUUGGUGUUAAAAUAUGUAGAUUAAAGGUGCAAAAAUAUUAGACACUUUGAGCAGGAUGUAUACUACCAAAUGACUCUGGGAAAUGAAGAAAGGACACCACAUAGAUUCCUUUCCAUCACCUCACUGUUGGACAGAACUUAUCCUGGCACUCUGUGGGAGAUUGCUCUUGCUUUAAUAGAUACACGGCAUCAAUUUGCAUUUAAAAUAGAUGAAUCUUGCCAAAAGUGUAAUCACAGUUCCUAAAGACAUGGAAUUUGCAAUGGCUGAGGUUAUGCAGUGACAUAAUGCAUGCAAAUGAAUGUGAAGUACCUGGAGCUUCUGUACUACACUUCAAGCUGAUGGAACAUGGCAUGCCAGAAAACUCAAAUAAUGCUCUGAGUUUAUAUUUUUCCUUCUUAAUAAUUUCAGAGUACUAAAGCUCCUGUUAAGUUAUUCUGUGACAUAACCAAUUUUGUAAAGCACUAGAAUAACAGCUCAUAUAUUGUGUUCACAAAAGAACUUUUUAUCUUAACCAAACCAGUACAAUUCUUAAUUGCUAAAACUGGUCUUCACUUAACUGCAGCAUUCAUAGACUAAAAUUAUACUUUGGUUAAAUAUUACUGUUCAGAUAACAGCUAAAAGCUUCUUCAGGUAUUUAAUUCUUUAGUGUGUGCUCUGUUGCCUCUUUCAUUUAAAUAUAGCAAUUUAUUUUCUUCAGUAGAAGCCCUCUUGCUGAAACAUGAGGCAGAUUAAUUACCAAAGUUUGUUUCCAAAAGUCUUAUGAAUGUGUCUGUUUUAUUUUAGUAUCUCUUGUAAAAAAGUUGAAAGAAGAAGAAGAAAAGGGAAAGCAGCAAUAAAAUUACAAAUUAUGGAAUGCUUAGCUGUUU